GGCUAGAGACUGGCCCUUUUCACCUCUCCGGCCCUAAACAGGAGCUAAUGGAGCUUUCUUACCAGACCCUCAGAUUCACGCACCAGGCACGGGAAGCGUGCGAGAUGAGGACAGAAGCACGACGAAAAAAUCUUCUUAUUUUGAUUUUGCAUUACUUAACACAGGAAGGAUAUAUUGAUGCAGCCAACGCUUUGGAGCAAGAAACUAAACUGGGGUUACGACGCUUUGAAGUUUGUGACAACAUUGACCUUGAAACUAUUUUGAUGGAAUAUGAGAGCUACUAUUUUGUAAAAUUUCAGAAAUACCCCAAAAUUGUCAAAAAGGCAUCAGACACAGUGGAAAAUAAUUUACCACCAAGAAGUGGAGGGAAGACCAGAAGGGUGAUGAGCGACAGCUGUCAAAAUCUUCCCAAGAUCAGUCAGCAGAGGCCACGGUCCAGAACCACAGUGGGGAAGUCAGGGGAUGUCAAAUCCCUCCAUCAGGAGCAUCCUAAACAGGAGGCUGUCACUAAUUCUCACGCGGAGAGUGCUGACUUUGGCUUGAGUAUAUCAGGAAUCAACAAAGGCAGUGGAGAAGAAAAUGUCCGCCCACAAAAAGGCCAAAUCAUUGACUUCCGAGGGCUGCUCACAGAUGCCAUCAAAGGAGCAACCAGCGAACUUGGCUUGAACAGCUUUGACUGUAACCCCGACCCCUCAGAACGACUGUUGAAACCUCUGAGUGCAUUUAUUGGCAUGAAUAGUGAGAUGCGAGAAUUGGCAGCUGUGGUGAGCCGGGACAUUUAUCUCCAUAAUCCAAACAUAAAGUGGAAUGACAUUAUCGGACUCGAUGCAGCCAAGCAGUUAGUCAAAGAAGCUGUUGUGUACCCUAUCAGGUACCCACAGCUGUUUACAGGAAUCCUUUCUCCCUGGAAAGGACUGCUGCUGUAUGGCCCUCCAGGUACAGGAAAGACUUUACUAGCCAAAGCUGUGGCCACGGAGUGCAAAACCACCUUCUUUAACAUUUCUGCAUCUACCAUUGUCAGCAAAUGGAGAGGGGAUUCCGAAAAACUUGUUCGGGUGUUAUUUGAACUUGCCCGCUAUCACGCCCCCUCCACCAUCUUCCUGGACGAGCUGGAGUCAGUGAUGAGUCAGAGAGGCACGGCUCCUGGGGGAGAGCAUGAAGGAAGCCUUCGAAUGAAGACAGAGUUACUGGUGCAAAUGGAUGGGCUGGCUCGCUCAGAAGAUCUCGUGUUUGUCUUAGCAGCCUCUAACCUGCCAUGGGAGCUGGACUGUGCCAUGUUACGUCGUCUGGAGAAAAGGAUUCUGGUUGGUCUCCCCAGCCGGGAGGCCAGGCAAGCCAUGAUCCGCCACUGGCUGCCCCCUGUGAGCAAGAGCAGAGCUCUGGAGCUGCGCACGCAGCUGGAAUACAGCGUGCUGAGCCAGGAGACUGAAGGCUACUCGGGCUCAGACAUUAAGCUCGUCUGCAGGGAAGCAGCCAUGCGGCCUAUGAGGAAGAUCUUCAGUGCACUUGAAAAUCACCAGUCAGAGAGCAGCAACUUACCUGGAAUACAGCUGGAUACAGUGACCACUGCUGACUUCUUAGAUGUGCUAGCUCACACCAAACCUUCAGCAAAGAAUCUGACUCAGAGAUACUCAGCCUGGCAAAGUGAGUUUGAGUCUGUAUGAAAUCACAUCUACCCUGACCUGGCCACAGAGACAACCACAGAGGCCUUCCGAUUUAUUAGUGUAAGCAGGAGAAGAACAUGAUGAUUGGGAGAGAAAAGAGAAAAUUAUCCUUGAAGACUGAGUUCGUUUGAAUAACUGUACUAUUUUGGAAAUGAGAGAUAUUUUUGUUAAUUUUUCCUGAUUGAUGCCCACAAAAUACUGAAGAUGUCAAUUACAGGUGUAUAUGCUACUAGUCACACAACGGAGACUUUUCUCACACUUAGACUCCAUACAAUUUGAUCAACAGUUUCUUACGGUGCUCCUUGCUUGUGAAUUGGUAUUUUCAUUUUGAAGAAAAAGAUGUAGUUUGGGAAGGUGUGUUGGAAUGCACAGUGGCUCCGAGUUGGGGGGCCCAUUAGAAGCGAAGCGUGACAGACCAUCCGACCAGCAGAUGGGGUUGAGGGUUGGUUAAGAAUAGGCGCGGGGAAGGACACACAGCGUUUCUUCUGACAACAUCCUGAGUGUCAUCAGCUCUCCCUAACUCUGACCCCAACCAGUUUUCUCAGCAGCAA